AUGGGUCUGUUCAAAAAGUCCGGUGACGACGACGGCGACUCAAACCGCCGGGCCCUGUUCGGCUCUCGAUCAAAGAAUAAGAGCCCUUCGCCUGUCUCCAACCCCUACGCCCAACCGGCUCACAUCGAUCCGUACACCAAGGCCAAGAUCCAGGCUGGUGUUAUGCCGCCACCGGCCGAUAUCCAGGGCGGCAACGGUUCCCCCGCCCCCGCAGGAGGACCCCACGCCAUUCCAUCCGAUAAUAAGUUCGCGGGCUAUACGCCAAACCGCUACGGUAACCAGGGAGGAUAUGGCAGUGAUCGGUUUGGCAGUGGCAAUGCUGGCGCCGGUGCCUCGCGCUACGGUACGGGUGGCUAUGGAGGUCUAGGCAGUGCCGACCCCAAUGACCCCGGCGCGGGGGACGCGGCUCGCAGCGAGCUGUUUGGCGGGGCCAAAAAUCGUGUGCAACAGAAUGAGGGCAAUGCCCCGCCUCCCUAUUCGCCAGGCCAAGGGGACGGAGAACAGAAUAACUACGGUGGCGGUAGCAAUGAGUACAGCAUGGCCACCUACCAGGACCGGCAGCUUACCGCCGAAGAGGAGGAAGAAGAAAAUGUCCAGGCCACCAAGCAAGAGAUGCGGUUCGUGAAGCAGGGCGACGUGUCAUCCACGCGCAAUGCUCUCCGUGCUGCCGCAAUGGCCGAGGAGACUGGACGUACGACACUCGCUCGCCUCGGUGCACAGGGCGAGAUGAUCCACGGUGCGGAGAAGAAUCUUGACAUGGCCGCGAUUGAGGGCCGUUUUGCGCAGGAGAAGGCGCGCGAGUUGAAGACGCUCAACAAGAGCAUGUUCGCGGUGCACGUUUCCAAUCCAUUUACCAGUGCCUCGCGCCGGCGCGAACGCGACGAGCGCACCCUUAACACCCACCGAGAAGAGCGCGACCUCCGCGACGGAACCCGCUCUGAAGCCUACCAAACUAAUGCACGCAUGGAAAAGGUGUUCCGCGACGUUGACCGAGAGGCAAGCAAACAGGGCAAGGGCAAGAAGGCAAGCGUUACGGAGCGUGCCAAGUACCAAUUCGAGGCCGACAGUGAGGAUGAGGCGAUGGAAGACGAGAUCGAGCAGAACUUGGAUCUUCUUAGUGGUGCCGCUGGCCGGCUGAACGGUCUUGCCAAGGCCACCGGCCGCGAGCUGGAUGAGCAGAACAGACAUCUGGAGCGCAUCACAGGCAAGAGCGACUUUGUCGACGAUCAAAUUGCCAUGAACCGGGCCAAGCUGGAUCGUAUUCACUAA